AGAGUCCCACGUGCACGAGCACACACUGAAUUGCUUUCUGUGAAGCCAUUCACUGUGGAUCUGCUUGUGGAGAGAUGCAGUCCUCUGGUUGGAUCUUUGCUCUGUCUCUAGCAGCAGUGCUGGCAGGAAACACUGCUGCUGCUGCUGCUGCUGCACAUGAGACAACAGAGAGGAACUGCUCUGCUCACCCACCGUUCCUCCCCAGCACAACCGUAAAUACGACUCUCCAGCUGCAGGAGCUGCGAAGAAGCAUGAACCUGCAGAACAUCUCCGCCUACAUUAUUCCCAGCAGUGAUGCACAUCUGAGCGAGUAUAUCGCGCCACGUGAUGCCAGGAUGGCCUUCAUGACUGGCUUCACGGGUUCUGCAGGCACUGCUGUCGUUACGCAGACCAAAGCUGCACUCUGGACAGACAGCCGCUACUGGGUUCAAGCUGAGAGACAGAUGGACUGCAACUGGGAGCUGGAAAAAGACGUGUCCAUUAGUAGCGUGGCAGACUGGCUGAUCGCUGAAUUCCCACAGGGAGGUCAAAUCGGCUUUGACCCCUUCCUCUUCUCCAUCAAAAGAAAGGAGGACUACAGCAUCAAUCUGGCAUCGAGCACUCUCGUCCUCAAGUCCAUCACAACUAACCUGGUGGACCAAGUGUGGAAGGAAAGACCUGCUGUCCCAAAUGAUAACGUCACCCGGCUUCCAGAUCGCAUCAUACAGAGGUCCUGGCAGAUGAACGUUGAGCACAUUCGGAAUCAGAUGAAGGCGAAUCCUUACCGGCCUACAGCUCUUCUGCUGUCAGCGCUCGAUGAAACCGCCUGGUUGUUUAAUCUGCGGGGCAAUGACAUUCCAUAUAAUCCCUUCUUCUACUCCUACACGCUACUGACAUUGGAUGAGAUAUGGCUUUACUUACACACAAACAGAGUGACUGAGGAUUUGAAGACAUACCUGAAUGUCUCCUGCAAUGAAACCCUCUGCGUUCAGCUGAAAAACUAUGACCGUGUCCUCAAUGACCUCAGAGUGUACGUGGCCAAACCUGAAGUGAAAGUGUGGAUUGGCACAGAAUACACAAGCUAUGCAUUGUACGAGAUCAUUGAAGAGCAGGGCAAACUUGUAACAAGCUCCUACUCUCCUGUGCUGACGACUAAAGCUGUGAAAGAUGAAACUGAGCAGCAAAACUUGAGAGAUGCUCAUGUGAGGGAUGCAGUUGCAGUUAUCCAGCUGCUGAUGUGGUUGGAGAAGGUCGUGCCUGAAGGGAAGCAGACUGAGCUGACUGCUGCAGAUUAUGUCAAUAAGUGUCGCAGCAAACAGAAAGACAGCAGAGGCCCAAGCUUUGCAACCAUCUCCGCAAGUGGACCCAAUGCUGCUCUUUCACAUUACAGCCCGACAGCAGAAACCAGCAGGAGGUUGACAGUUGAUGAGAUGUAUUUGGUGGACUCGGGUGGCCAGUAUCUAGACGGCACCACUGACAUCACUCGAACAGUUCACUGGGGAGAUCCCACAGCCAUGCAAAGGGAGGCCUUCACUCGAGUGCUGAUGGGAAACAUUGAUAUUUCUCGAACCGUAUUUCCAUCAGACACCAGAGGUAUAAAUAUGGAGAUGUUGGGUCGCCGAGCAUUGUGGGAGCUCGGCCUGAACUAUGGUCACGGCACAGGUCAUGGGAUCGGAAACUACUUUGGAGUUCAUGAAUGGCCAGUUGGCUUUCAGAGCAAUAACAUUCCUUUCAGAGCAGGAAUGUUCACCUCUAUAGAACCUGGAUAUUAUAAGGAGAAUGACUUUGGGAUUCGGAUUGAAGAUAUAGCUGUGACUGUUCCUGCCAAAACAAAGUACGGCCAUAACUAUCUGACCUUUGAAACGGUCUCCCUGGUUCCAUACGACAGAAAGCUCAUUGACGUUUCACUCCUGAACACAGAACAGCUGCUUUGGCUGAAUAAAUACUAUGAGACCAUCCGAAUGCUGGUGGGUCCAGAGUUGGAUAAACAGGGACACCAUGAAGAGAAGACCUGGAUGCUCAAACAUACAGAACCCUUCCUUAUUUCUACAUCAUCUGCAGCAGCAUUUGUGCGUUCAUCCUCGCUGACCAUCAUCGCUGUGACCAUCGUUCAACUCCUCAACAUCUUCUGAGGAGCUCCGCCCACUUUUCUCCAUCUCUUUUGAACUCGGUCCAUUUGCAGCAGACACACUAGUGUUGAUCCUAUGCAGUCGCUACUGACAACGUGCAGCUACUGUAUGCCAGGUUGAGAGAUUCACUGCCAGUUAGCUCUUCUUUUAAUUUAAUGGAUGCAUUUUUUAAAGGGGUCAUAUUAUAAACUUUUUCAGCACGCUAAUACAGGUCAGGCAAACUAUCCCUUAGAGAAUUUCUGAGGUCCAAAACUUUUGAUCAGAGCUGAAAUGGAUCUCUAGAGGAGAGAUUGAUUUCUGAUAAUAUAGACCCAGUCUGAGGUUAUUAGGAUCCAGAA